GAAAGUUUAGGACCCGGGAGUUUUUGGAAUGUAAACAUAACCUCAUUAGAAAGUGGUAUUUACAAACCUCUCUUUAGGAUAUGGUGGAAUCUGGAAGUUUUCGAGUUCUCUUUAGAAGAUGGGUGGAAUCUGGGAGUUUUCGAUAUGUAA